GGCAUUUUCAAAUGGUUUCUGUCUCACUUGCACAGCUACUCACUUACUGCCUGUAGCUCCAGCCUGUGUGCUCUGAAUCCAGACCCAGACUGUGGGGAGUACUCCUGUCUUGGGGCGGGGGGGAGCUAUGCAAACUUAAUGUUCUUCUUUUUAAAUUGUUGCUGAAUUCUGUACAGGAAAGUUUAAUUAUUUUGAAUUACUGCAUUCAGAUAUUGGGUUGCCUAACUAAACACAUUAAACAAGUGAUUUUUAUUAAAGUAUGCCUCUCAUUUGCUACUUUAUAAUUUUCUUCCUUGGAUAAACUCAGGUUAAUUUUGGAUGAUGUCUUUCAUGGCCAUUGUGAACAAGCGUUAUGUGUAGACACGGUGUGCUGCCCAGUGCAGUACUCCUAAUUUGGAUUUUGCGCUGGAAAUGAGCAAGAAAGCUGUUCUUUGUGCUCUUGUUUUAUUAUGCUUGCUCACAAACAAGUAUUCAUAGAUUUUGAGGAGUAAUAAGUUAGGGUGAAGGAAGCAUGAUCUUUGCUAAAGUAAGCACCAUCUCUCAUGUUACGGUCACUCACAAUCUUCUAGAGGAAAUGCCUCAUCUUCCCUGAGCAUCACUUCUAGUGUAAGAUAGGCAUGCCAGAGUGAGGGCCUGCCCCCGAUGGGCUGAUAGUAACUACCAAGCUUAGCUUCUUAGCACUGCUCGCCCUUCGAAUCGACACUGAGUAACUUCCUCCAUCUUUCUUCCUCUCAGCUGUGUCUAUGACUAAGCUUGAUCUGCCAAAGAUGUGACUUACAUAUGUCCCUUCACUGGUGCUGUACGAGGAACACUGACGGUCACAAAUUACAGAUUAUAUUUCAAGAGCAUGGAACGGGACCCCCCAUUUGUUCUAGAUGCUUCUCUUGGAGUGAUAAGUAGAGUAGAAAAAAUUGGUGGUGCAUCUAGCCGAGGUGAAAACUCUUAUGGCCUGGAGACUGUGUGCAAGGAUAUCAGGAAUUUACGAUUUGCUCAUAAACCAGAGGGGCGAACAAGAAGAUCCAUAUUUGAGAAUCUAAUGAAAUAUGCAUUUCCUGUGUCUAACGGCUUGCCUCUUUUUGCUUUUGAGUAUAAAGAGGUAUUCCCUGAAAAUGGGUGGAAACUGUAUGACCCCCUUCUAGAAUAUAGAAGGCAGGGAAUUCCAAAUGAAAGCUGGAGAAUAACCAAGAUAAACGAACGCUAUGAACUCUGUGACACGUACCCUGCCCUCUUGGUUGUGCCUGCAAACAUCCCUGAUGAGGAGCUAAAGAGAGUGGCAUCUUUCAGGUCUCGGGGCCGGAUCCCAGUUUUAUCAUGGAUUCAUCCUGAGAGUCAAGCCACAGUCACUCGCUGCAGCCAGCCCAUGGUGGGGGUGAGCGGCAAGCGCAGCAAAGAGGACGAGAAGUACCUGCAGGCCAUCAUGGACUCCAAUGCCCAGUCUCACAAAAUGUUUAUAUUUGAUGCUCGGCCAAGUGUCAAUGCUGUUGCCAACAAGGCAAAGGGGGGAGGUUAUGAAAGUGAAGAUGCCUAUCAAAAUGCAGAACUCGUUUUUCUGGAUAUUCACAAUAUUCAUGUUAUGAGAGAAUCAUUACGAAAGCUUAAGGAGAUUGUGUACCCCAACAUUGAGGAAACUCACUGGUUGUCUAAUUUGGAAUCUACACACUGGCUGGAACACAUUAAGCUCAUUCUUGCAGGGGCUCUUAGGAUUGCUGACAAGGUAGAGUCAGGGAAGACAUCCGUGGUGGUGCACUGCAGUGAUGGCUGGGAUCGCACAGCUCAGCUCACUUCCCUGGCCAUGCUCAUGUUGGAUGGAUACUAUCGAACCAUUCGAGGAUUUGAAGUUCUUGUGGAGAAAGAGUGGCUAAGCUUUGGACAUCGAUUCCAGCUAAGAGUUGGCCAUGGAGAUAAGAACCAUGCAGAUGCAGACAGAUCACCUGUUUUCCUUCAGUUCAUUGACUGUGUCUGGCAGAUGACAAGACAGUUCCCUACUGCAUUUGAAUUCAAUGAAUAUUUCCUCAUUACCAUCCUGGACCACUUGUACAGCUGUUUAUUUGGGACAUUCCUCUGUAACAGUGAACAGCAGAGGGGGAAAGAGAAUCUUCCUAAAAGGACAGUGUCACUGUGGUCCUACAUAAACAGCCAGCUGGAAGAUUUCACUAAUCCUCUCUAUGGGAGCUACUCCAAUCAUGUCCUUUACCCAGUAGCCAGCAUGCGCCACCUAGAACUCUGGGUGGGAUAUUACAUAAGGUGGAAUCCCCGGAUGAAACCACAGGAACCUAUCCACAACAGAUACAAAGAACUUCUUGCCAAAAGAGCAGAGCUUCAGAGAAAAGUGGAGGAACUUCAGAGAGAAAUUUCCAACCGCUCAACCUCCUCUUCAGAGAGAGCCAGUUCUCCUGCACAGUGUGUGACUCCUGUCCAAACUGUUGUAUGAAAGGACUAUUAGUCAGGGGCAUCGUUGACAUUACAGCACCUUAUUGGUAGAAAGCCUUCGUGUUUUAAACCCAUUUAUGGGAGAGACCUUCAGAUGCUGUAUUUAUUUCAAGUCUCUCAUUAGAUGAGUUUAGAAACACCUGGUGCAGGUGACAAUGGAAAUCAUUUCAUUUGUAAUUAAAGUAUGACACUAAUCUUUAGUCACCCAAAGAAUACUCAAGUACUGGAAUCCUGUAUCCACAGUGGGAACAAAGUUUUAAUUUAAAGAUGUCUUAAAGAACUGAGCACCUGAUAAAUAAGAUCUCUAGGUGGGAGAAAAGCAAGAGCAGCUGUUCUUAUACCUGAGAGCAUAUGUACUGGGCCUUGAUGGACAUGUUAGAUCAAAAUCACUUCUCAAAUUUCCCAGUUUUUGUGGUAUUUAAUAUAGUAAAAAGCAUUGUCUUGAGAUUAUUAUGGCGUAUCGGUAGUUUAAGAUUGCUGCUGACAUUGUAAUUAGGGUAUUUUCAAUGGCAGUUUGGAAAUGAUGCCUUAUAUAUGUGCUUUGGUGUGGGGGAUGAAGGGACAAGCAGUAACUGUCCUCCAGGAAUUCAAAGAACAUUCCAGACCCUUCAAACUAAUUUCCAUUUGUAUGUUGAUCACUAAUAUCACGGAAGACAUUUUAGAAACUAUUACUCUACUUUAUCUUAAUGCUAAUUGGUGAGUUUUAAGACAGUAUUUUAAAACCUUCAAAGUCUGACUUUAGUGCUUUAAGUUUCACAUGAACACUUUACCAAAGAACACACUGCAUGUAAAGAGUUACAAUCUCAGUGCCAGCAAGUAAAGCCUUGUUUCUCUACUCACUGGAGUUGGGUGCUGGUGUGAACAAUUCACCCUCUGGUGUCUAUUUACCCUGUAUAAGAGCCAUAUGUAAUGUACUGUAUGUAACAAAGGAACUUAUUACCACUUGGGCUUUUAAUUAAAUGACUUCAAACUAUGUCCUUGUCCACAGUUGUCUAAAGUACCUCCCUCAACCCCACUCCAAAAAUGUUACCUAGAAAUGUUCAAUUUGAGCCUACCUGUCCUUGACACCUAAAUCAAAACUACAAAAAUAACCCUAUUCUCAGUCACUAAUUCAUUAUUGUCUGAACUGUCAUCCUGUUGAUGCUGGAAUUAGUACAAUGCACAUAUACACACAGGUCUCCCCAUUCCUCUUUUAUUUGUGCUUGUCUGGACAUUGAACCUAGAGCCUCACACUUGCCAGGCAAGUCCUGUACUACUGAGCUACAUUCCCAACAUAACCCAGUCUUAACAAAAUUGGUACCAAAUGCUUUGGUUUGAUAUAAAAUUUAGUCAUAAGAAAAUUUUUAGGAGGUAUUUCUUACUAACCAGUAUUCAAAUAAGGUUUCUAUAGUAGUUCACACUUUCAUCUCUAGUCUGUUUUCCUCAUGGAAACUUUUAUCGUCUUGGUAUGGCACAAAGGGAUGCAGAUGGGAUUCAGACAUUAAAGCUGAUUGUAUAAUCAUUCAAAAGCCAGAGGAAUAGAAGUAAAACUCUUAUCACAUUUCCCUUUAAAACCUUCUGAUGUCUUCUGUGUGGAGUGUACACACUAAAAGCACUUCUUGUGGGAUCCACCACAUUCCUGGCACUUCUUUCUUGCUCAGCGUGGGAUCCAUGUAGGCAUCUUGUACAGAGUACAGAGGAGCAAACAAGAACUGAAGCAGAAUCAAAACCCAAAGCCCUACAGUUUGGAUCCAGCUGGAAUCAGGUCUCUGUUUGGCAAAAUCCUUCUUACUUGUGGUCCUUGUGACUCCAGAUGAACGACUGCUGUUUCCUUCUUCAUCAAGGGUCUUUUUGUUAGCUUUUAAUUCCUUUUUCUGUUUAUCUGUAUUCUGUUUCUCCAGCUAUCAAAAUCAUCAAGGCAAGGGGGAAAAAAAUCAAAUUCAAUAAAAACAUUUUCUUUUAGCUCAA